CCACUCCCCUGUCUUUCCGCUCUUCAUCGCUGCCUGGUGGACAUCACCCAUUAUCCAUGGCGGCUUUGAUGCAAUCGAAUAACGAACCGGUCGCGAUAUCUAACCCUCUGUCCGGUCCUUCUAACACCAUCGUCUCGAGUCCUCAGGACUCCGUCGCGUUUCUAAAACAAUCCACCAAGCCCGAGUCGAAUCUGAGCUCCAUUGCCAGCGCCGGUCUACACGUCUCCCGGUCGAGAGACCAACCUUCGUCGACCUCCAACAUGGCAACCGCGACAACACCUACCAUGGAACAUCGAGAACAGCAGGACAAGGGGCCAGAACAGAAUAGCUCUCAGGUUGCGCGAGAGGCCCUGGGUGCUAGUGAGAAAUCCCACUCGAUCAAUGAUUCCAUGCCCAUGGCCUCGGAUCAUAUGCAAGUCGAUUCGCAUACAGCGCCCAAUGAUGCGUACGGGUCAUCCGCCGAUAACAAUGCACCCUCCCUCUUGAAUGCCGCGACUACAGUGGCCAGCCCCGGGCCCAUGGAGGACUCAGCCUCACAGGAUGGGGACCGCCCUCGUCAUCGAGAUGAAACAGGAAUCAUCGAAGAAGCGAGCAACAAAGCCUUCUCCUACCCCAUGCCUACCGGUAAUUUCAGUGACUCUCGUCGCGGGCUCAGCCUGCCAAACUCUGGCUUCAACCGGGGUCAGCGUUCCCCAGGAGCUAAGAAACACCGUUGUCCUUACUGUUCUACCGAAUUUACCCGGCAUCAUAACCUCAAGAGCCACCUGCUCACGCACAGCCAGGAAAAACCCUAUGUUUGUCAAACCUGUCAGUCCCGCUUCCGCCGACUCCACGAUCUGAAGCGACACACUAAACUCCAUACCGGAGAGAGGCCGCAUAUUUGUCCAAAAUGUGGACGUCGGUUUGCUCGAGGGGAUGCGCUUGCGCGCCACAACAAGGGUCAAGGUGGCUGUGCCGGUCGACGGUCGAGCAUGGGAAGUUUUGCUCCUGAUGAAGAAUAUGGCGAUGGAGCCGCUCAUGGUUCAGCCGAAGACACUAUGGAGGGUCUCGUGUAUGCGGAACCGGAGCGCAUGGACGAGGAGGAAGAGCGGCGGCUCAUGCCCAGUAUUCGACGGCAUGACGCUUCGAUCGACUCCGCAUCGCGGGCCAACACGGGCACCUUCCAGUCACGUCAACCGAAUACAUAUCCCCCUAUCGCAGCCGGGAGACCCUCUCCAGGAAGCCUCUUCCCCCCGCCAGCUAGCCACGGUGGCGGAUCGAGUACCUCUCCUUCACCUAUUUCCCAACCUAGCAACUUGACGUUCCCGCCGGCAGGGCAGCCCUCGGGAGCUUCGGUUUUCCAGCCUAACAACACUACUACAUCCACUACCGCCAACAAUAACAUCACCGAGUCUCCCAAGCCCCUCUCUCCUAACGCACUGUCUUCGCAAAAUCAACCAAACCAUGGUUCAGAUGGUCAUCGUGCUCACUCGCCCGGUGUGGUGCAGCAACCAUUCCAGCAACAACCUUUCAGCAGGCCACCCCCACAGACUGCUGUUCCCACGACUCAUGCUACUCCCAGCUUAGGGCUACCCCCUCCGCAACCAGGGGCCCCUCAACUUCCUCCUCCCCCAGGAUUGAACGCGUCUGACUCGCGGUUCGCGCUUCACGGACCAACAGCGACAACAGCAAAGCAUACUCCUUCGCAUAGCCAUUCCAGCAACCACAGCGGUGGUCUUCUGGCGACUGCCAAAGUAGGCCCGGAAUUGUAUUCCGACCCCAACACGGUGGAUCCUAGUCGAGAAGACAAGCUGUGGGCCUACAUUCGGUCUGUUCAGGAGGAGGUGACGGGUUUAAGGACGGAAGUGGCUGCACUAAGAGCGCAAUUUGCGGUAUCAAAUGGCAACCCUCAACCUCCUUUAACUGAAGCGAACCAUGUCAACGCAGGUUCGCGGUGAUGAACUACAGUUUGUAGUAAUAAAGAUGUCUAACUCUGGCCGUGGUCAAGAGGUCAUCAGGUCACGGAGAGAAACUGCAUUGGCCUAUUUAAUAAUACCCUUCCUUUCAGUUCUUUUGAAAUCCAUUCUCCAUUUUACAUUGAUUGGCGCAUUUUCACUUCUGUUUUGUAUUUUGGCAUGGUUUUUGACGACAGCUCUUUCCCAC